AUGUCUUCCCAACUAAUGGAAAAGCAAAACAAUGUGACAGAGUUUGUUUUGUUUGGACUCUUUGAAAGUCGGGAGAUGCAGUAUGCUUGCUUUGUGGUAUUCUCUAUCAUUCAUGUGCUUACAGUUUUUGGAAACUUACUUGUGGUGAUCACCAUAAAUGCCAGCAAAACCCUCACUGCCCCCAUGUAUUUCUUCCUCAGCCACUUAUCCUUUGCAGACAUGUGCUAUCCAUCAGCCACUACUCCAAAGAUGAUUGCUGACACUUUUGUAGAGAGAAAGACCAUCUCAUUCAAUGGCUGCAUGACUCAAUUAUUUUCUGCCCAUUUCUUUGGUGGAACAGAGAUCUUCCUCCUCACUGCUAUGGCCUAUGACCGCUAUGUGGCCAUCUGUAGACCUCUGCACUAUACAACCAUUAUGGAUCGGCAAAAAUGUGGCCUAUUGGCUGGGGCAUCCUGGGUCGCUGGUUUCCUUCACUCUAUUCUGCAAACCCUCCUCACUGUUCAGUUGCCUUUCUGUGGACCAAAUGAGAUUGACAAUUUCUUCUGUGAUGUUCAUCCCCUGCUGAAACUUGCUUGUGCCGAUACAUAUAUGGUGGGACUGAUUGUUGUAGCCAACAGUGGUAUGAUCUCACUUGUAUCCUUCAUCAUCCUUAUAAUCUCAUAUAUUGUAAUCCUGUUGAAUCUGAGAAGUCAAUCAUCAGAGGGGAGGCGCAAGGCUCUCUCCACCUGUGCUUCCCACAUUAUCACUGUUCUCCUGGUCCUUGUGCCUCCUAUGUUUAUGUACAUCCGCCCCUCAACCACACUGGCAGUUGAUAAACUUGUUAUCUUGUUCAAUAUUGUGAUGCCUCCAUUGCUCAACCCGCUGAUAUACACCCUGAGAAAUAAUGAAGUAAAAAAUGCCAUGAGGAAACUAUGGACUAUAAAAAAGACAUCUGAAAAGAAAUGA